CUGCGGGGCUGUAAACAGCUGGGACUGAGCGUCCCAUGCUCUGGACCAUCGAGCAGAGUCCGUCUGUCCCACGGAGCCUGUGCAGCCGGAGGCCCGAGCUCUGUGACGGCGGUGACAGCAGUGCCUGCCUGCCAGCUGGACCUGGUCCUGAGCGCAGGUGUUGGAGCAGCAGCUCGCCCAACAGGGCUGUGCUUCCAUUUGCUGUGGCCCUCGCAGCCGGCUGUGCCGUGGGGAGCGGCUGCAGCUGGUGCUGAGCAGCUGUGUCAGCACCGCCGGUGAGCCAGGUCCAUCCGGAGACCUGGCUGGAUGUGGAACAUGGGAGAAAAGCCUGGGGGAGUCAGGCAAAGAGCGGGGCUGUGAGCAGGCUGCCGCUUGCCUCUCCCGGGCGAGCUGUCCACCUCCUGCCAGGUCUGUCCCAUUGCUCCCUGGGCCGCAGUGCCUGCCUUCGCUCCCCCUUUCCAGCAGCGCCGCCGUGUCCCCAGUCCCGGGAUACGCGGUGGUGCUGUUUGUGGAUGGAGUGCUGGCCAAGAGCUUGGCCCUGCAGUUCUGCUCGUGCCCUGCAGGUGGUUCUCUCUGACUGCCUGAUGUCGAGCGUGUUCGUGCUGUGUGCCGGAGCCGCGCAGCGCCAGCAGGCCGCCUGCGGACCCCGCUCCCUCCCCCGGCGGCAGCCGCUUCUCUGGGCAGGUGGCCCGUCCGCGCCGCAGAGGCGCUGGCCCGCGGUGCGGUGCGCGGCUGGCUCCUGAGGGCGUCUGGCGGAGCGUCCAGCUCUGGCUGAGCCCGAGAGCAGCAAGGCUCGAGUCUGCAGCGCAGCUUUUUGUGCAUCCUGCCUCACGUCUGCCCCAUCCCCACACAGUAUUUUCCCCUCACUUUAGAGGCUGGAAGGAUGAAGUUAGUCACUGGCCUCAUCCCUCUUACCACCUCCCUGUGUCUGCCCACGGAGCUGCCCUGGUAGAGCUGCACAGGCGGUCACACGCAGUUGAACUUUCCUGCGCGCUGGUCUCGGGCUGUGUUUUGAGUGGGCUGCCCCACAGCCCAGCUUCCUCCAGCCCGGGCCCGGAUCUGUGCCAGCGUGUGCCGCGCUGCUCCGGUGGCUCGGGCGGGAUCUGAGUGGCGCCCCUGUGGGAGGAGGGGCAGAGCGUGCCAGCCGGCAGGGACUCACAAGACAUGGGGCGCUGUGAGAAUGACCCAAAAGGACUCGGGUCAUAGUAAAAAGCCAGUCUGAACUCGGCCCAUGCAGGCGCUCUUCCUAAGUGUCUUGGGACAGCUUUGGUCCGUGUGAGGCUUUUUCUAGGUCUGUGUCCUCGUGAGUCUCCCAGUGAGUUCUCAGUACUGCAGCACUGUCAUGUUACGUGUCCCUCACCCCGUCUCUGUGUCCAUAGACGUGUUCUUACCAAGUCAUACAUGCACAUCGGCUAGAAGCAAUCUCUUUUUUUAUCUUUGUCUGCAUCAGUCUGCUCUUCAGACCCCUCACAAUGAACACUAUAGUGUGACAAAGUGAAGUGUUCAUAAAAAAUACCAGUAGAGGCUGUGUUCUGUUUCCUUCUGAAUUAAGGGGAUGUGCUGUUUUCUCUCUCAGGGCAGGGGACCGUGUGCCAGAGCAUCUCUGGUGUGCGAGUGGCGCAGGUUCGAGGGGAGGAGGCUUCUGGGAGGUGGUGCUGGCACCGCUGCGCAGCCCUGUGCGUGUCUGCGCCCCGGGCCGUGUCCCUCGGCAGCGGUGCUGCCAGGUGGCUGCCCUGGCGCAUCGUUAGACACGGUUCCAAAUAGUGUGGGCAGGAACGGUUCAGCACUCAGAGGUAAAUGAGCUGCUGAUGGAUGGCUCUGGUGAUGCCAAAGCUGUUAACAUGUGAACCUCUGAAGUGCAGCCCAGGUUCCAUCGAGGGACUCUCAUCAUCUGCGCUCGGCUGCUGCUGCGUGGGGCAGCGCUGCUCCGUCCCUGUUCUGGUUUGCUCCGGGUGGGCUCUGCUGUUGUCUCUGCGCAGUGGUAGCAAUGGUAGCUCUGGGUGUGUAACUCACGGUGGACCGGAGUCCCUGCCUGCAGGACGGGACUGGUGAUGAUAAAGGCUGUGCAGACGCUCCCUGUGAGCACACACGUCGCGUCUGGGGCUCUGUUCUCGCUGACAGCUCUGUGAUGGGACCGAGGAGCUGCUCUCCAUCUCUGUUUUUGCCAGCAAGGACUGUUGCAAAUAGUUUGUUUCCUUGUUUGUUCUCUCUUCAUACUCUGUUCUGAGUCUGGAGUGUAGCCAAAAAUAAUGCUGUUCACUUAAUCUCCCUCCUUGUGAUUGUGUGGUAGGGGUGGGGGAGAUAUUCACAAGUUAAUUGGGUGAAAAAGCACGUCUUAUUUGAUAUCUGUAGUUUUCAGGGCCAUAUAACAAUGGGGGUCAGAAGCCAUCCUUGUUCCAGUGCCCUCUCCUUGUGUUACCCACUGCUAAACGUGUGGGGAGACUGAGAGACCUGCCUGGUAAGCUCCUCUCUGAUCCCUGUGCCCAGAGGUGCAGCCGGGGAGCCCCGGUGACCGACUCGUGGUGUCACCAGUGCCGACGAGCUUGGGACAGGACGGAGUGCUUCCCUGGGGCCCGGGGACAGAAUUGGGGUGGGGACAAAGUGUGUUCUCACCUGAGCGCUAUGUGUUGGGCGGGGCUCGGGACAGUUACCCGGUGGUACCCUGUGUGGUCCCCGUCGGGAGGAGGAUGCUUCCGUGUGGCCCCAUGCAGGGCGUGGGCUGGAGAAGAGGAUGACAUGGGCAGAGUGGCCCCAUGAGGAAUGGCUGCUGCAGGCCACACGCCGUUUUCCCAUUAGCGAGUGUUUAGUUCAGCGUUUUAAAUAAUUGUGUCCUCAGAAUGAUAUUUAAAAUCCAUUUGGGAGGCAAUGAGGCGGGAAAGUGCCUGUGCCAUUGUGAUGACGCUGCGCGGGCCGCGCCACACAUGCAUAUUACAAACUCGUUACAGGCUCGUUUACACGCGCACUGCUACUCCCCACACAACCUCUUUCUGAUGCUCCUAAUGUUUCUUCCCCACCAUGGUUGCUUCUGCGUGGUACUCAGGAGAAAUGUACUCGAUAAGGCAGGCCUGGUGUCACUGAGGAGCAGCGGGCAUGGCCACAGCACUUGGGUGCUGCCCUUCGAAUGGGAUGUGUGGGGCGUGCUUGGCGAUGGGACUGUCUCAGAUGUCCCGUCCUUCACCUGAGCUCCAUGCUCAGUGCAGGACUGUGCUCAUUGCUGACCAGCCCGUGCACUUGUGUCAUCGCAGGCUCCAGAGCCUGCAGCCCCGAGGCUUCCGGAGAAGAGCUGCGGCUCCUGCGCCGGGCUGACUGUGGAGCUGAGCACCAGCGCCUGCUCCUGAGUGUCCCCAGCAAGCUGCACGAGCUGGAGGACGAGGCGAUGGAGCAGAUGGAGCAGCUCAGCAGCGGUUCCCCAGGUGCUGGUUAGUGGCUGAAGGGCAGGGUGGCCUUGUUGCUGUCCCUCUGUCCCCAGCCCUUCUGCUGCAUGGGCACCCACCACUGUCCUCCCAGCCUGUGCAGAACAGAGAACUGUGUGUACAAAGCUCCUGAUACUGCUUCAUCAUCGUCCUGUUGGCCUUGGUGGUGCGAGCAGAGUUCCAUGUUCUCCCCUUGUCCUCUCCCUCCUGAUCAUGCUCAGCCCCUUCUAGCCAGAGUCCCAGCUGUGGUUUUGCUUGGUGCCACCUGUGACCAGCUGUUGGUGGGCUGAGGAUCAAGCCCCCAGGGGUACUUAAUGGCACGCUGGGUUCUGAUGUCUGUUCCCCUUGUAGUGACCUUGCUGCCUGCUUUCCUCAGCAGGAAAUGGAUGGCUCUAGCAUCCUUGUCUCAGAAAAGACUGAGCAAUACGAGGGCAAAAGCGAGCCUGGAGUAGGGGCAGAGUGUGAAACCAGGGGAGGAAGGGCAGGGUGUGAAACAUGAGGCCCACCUGUGAUUGUGGCGCAGAUGUUCUCAGAGGUGAAGUUCUCCCCCGUCGCGCCCGAGGGCUGGCGAGCCGGGACGGCCGGCGAGCCUGGGAAAUGCAUGGGCUGGAAUGGCUCAGGAUGGGGGGUCGGGUCCCACAGCCUUACACCGAGGGGUGCUGUGUAAUCUGGGCAAGGAGGCGCUUUGUGCUGAGCUGGGAUGUGCUGCUGUCAUCUGUGUUCCUGCCAGCGACCGAUGGAGCAUCCGUGAUGUGCUGCCCAAGCCAGGGGGCUGCACGCUGCGGUGGGGAAGGGACUGGAGCUGCUGUAAAUGCAACACAGGUCCAGGAAACAAACCGAUUCUUAAUCUCUGGAACUUUGCAGGACUUACAUGUGUGUGUCUGUAGAUGGUUUAUGUGGCAUGUUGCCCUGAUUGUUCCCUCCCUCUGCACACACCUGUGAGUGUCACAGGAUCACGGAAUGUCAGGGGUUGGAAGGGCCCUGGAAAGCUCAUCCAGUGCAAUCCCCCCAUGGAGCAGGAACACCCAGAUGAGGUUACACAGGAGCAGCAAGGCUUCAGCUGAAACCUUGACCUUGCUUGCAGAGAAAAGGACUGUCUGUGGUGGGUUUCACAGAACCAUAGAAUAGUUUGUGUUGAAGGGACAUCCCCAGCCCCCCUGCCAUGACAGGGACAUCGUCACCAGCUCAGGGUGCUCAGAGCCCGUCCAGCCUGGCCUGGGAUGUCUCAGGGAUGGUUCAUCUACCACCUCUGGGUACCUGGGCCAGGCUCUCACCACCCUCAGGGCAACAAUUCCUUCCUCGUGUCCGGCUGAAUCUCCCUCCUUUAGUUUAAGACUAUUACUCCUUGUCCUGUUUGUUUUGUUUAAUUUCACAGGACGCUACGUUUCACCUUCUAUACAAAGGCUUUGGGUAUCUGCUCUCCACUUGCUGCUGCUUGUGGCUACAGCUGCAGUACAAGAGAUGUGAGCACGCCUCGGGUUUCCAGUUGCUCGCUUAUUAACACGUCUUGCUGUGGGUGGGGGGCAGUGCCAAAUGCAGGCGUUUGGGUUUGCACAUGCAUAGUUGUUUGGCUUUCCAGCAGGCUUACCAGUGAAACACAACCAGGGUUUAUUAAUGCUUAAGGUAACAAAUGAAGAGCUGGUAGUCCAAGACUUGAAAACAAAAUGCACAGUAUUGGCUCCAGUACCUUUCUAUGUGUCAUCAGGACCUUUUGAAGUUGGCAGGGUUUAAUACAACAUGUUAGUGAAUAUGACCAGCUAAUAGCUGCGUAAAAUUGUGUUUUUGUGGGUAGUCUCUGGCCUGGUAGGGCUAUACACUACAUCUUUAGGCUUGUAGUUCAUACAGAUGAUGCUGCCAGUAACGAGGUACUCUCCCUAAAUCUGUUUUUUGGGGGCAAUGUAUUUUAUCUUGUACUUGCAAGUGUGUCCAUUUACACGUGUUCCUUACCGUUGGGCUAAGGAUUCCGUUUUCAAUGCUUUCGCUCUGUCCCGUGUCAUGGGUAGGUUCCCACCGUGCCUCUUCACGCCAGUCUGGGUCGCUGCUGUGUUCUGAAGCCUCGUGGGGAGGUAGAUGGAGCGAUGCCCUCAGCUGCGCUGGCCGCGCUGUGUCCGCGGCUGCCGCUGCCCGUGGGAGCGCGUGCCGGCCGGGGUGUCGCAGCGGCGGGUGGCGCCCGCGCCCGGGGGGCGGCCGCACGCUCCGGGCGCGCCUUCCCAGAGCAGCGGCUCGGCCUCUGAGCCCGCAGGCAGGACCGGACCCCUGGGCUCCUCCGACGCCUCUAGGCAUGAGACGUGCCGACAUCUCUCGUGCUCUGUUAUACAAGAAACACGCUGUAACCUUUCUGAUUCAACUCGUUCAUCUUGGCCCCCCAUAAGGCAAGUGUAAAUGUAAAACAAACAGGUGAUUUAGUAGGAGAUAAAAGUAAAUCUCUUGCAAUGUUUAGAAGCGGACAGAUUGCAGCACUGUUAUUUUUUCUUUUCCUCAAGGAUGUGCGUCUUUUUCCCUCUGGUCAACACUGAGUCGUGUGAUUGCAUGUGAUCCCCUUCUGCUUUGAGGACCCUCUUCUUCCUCACAAACAGAUCCAAAGAGUUUGAGAAAGGACUUGUUAAAGGCCUAAAAUCGCUGGGGCUGGAAGACUUGGGGCUGCUGAUCUGUCCGUCAGACAGGCCCUGUGCCCCGGCAGGGAGGUGUUCUGCAGCACCCGUGGGGAGCAGCCUGCCCGCUCCCACCCGGACUGUGCAGCCCGCGGUGCUGUGUGCAGUGACGGGGCUCAGUACGCUGGUGUUGAAGGUGAAACCCUGUGCCCGCGGCUGGACAAGUCCUGGCAGGUGACAGCGCUGAGGGGACAGAUGGUCCCUGCUCCCUCCUGCGAGCUGCCAGAGCCAGCAGAGCCGCUCUGUGCGGCGGGGCCAGGGCAGGUGCCAGAGCUGCCGAACGCGAGGGAGGGCUCUGCUGCGAGGGGGCUGUGCUGCCUGUGUCUUGUGUGGAUUUGGUGGUUGGUGUGUGGUGGGGUGAUUUGGUGUGUGGUGGCGUUGGCCAUGGGAAUGGCAGCGAAUCUCCAGGGUAGCUGGUGUAGAGGCAGAACUGCAGCCCCGCUCAGCCCAGGGUCUGUGAGACAGUGUGACAGCAGUGCCUGUCCCUGUGUCCCGGGUGAUGCCUGGGGACAUGGCCGUUCCUCCUGGGUGGCCGUGGGGGGUGUGGAUAGUGCUGUGCAUGAAGGACUAGGCUCGGAUUCGGUGCCCGAGCCCAGGGCUGGGGAACAUGGAGCCAUCGGUUCCAGUGGCAGGAGCAGCGGGAGGUGGAAAGACCAACUGGGAGUUCUUCUUUUCCUCAUCUCAAAGAGCGUCCAGCCUUCUCUAUACUCCAGCAACACCCUGCCUCCCCCUCCCCCCCAAAAAAAGCCCCCGAACAACCCUCCUAACCCCAAAAAGCCUUUUAGUCCCGUACGUAUUUAAUAUUAAGAAGUGACACAACUUGCCUGUUUUGCAGGACAGAUGGUGCAGUCCAGGAGAUAAGUCACGUGGGCCGACAUGGUGGCUUCUGAACCUCUUUGUCCCGUGGGACAGUGUGCUCCAGGAGAAAGCCCACGGUGGGCGCAGCAGCUGCAGGUAGCGGUGUGCGGUCUGGGUGCACGGCCACCCCCGUUGCCCUCGGGCACUCUCGCAGGUCUGUGCCCAGUCACCCCUGUGACCCCAGACACUCCUGGCUACGGCACUGGGGAGGGAACACCAGCUGAAACUCCCACAGCAGCCGCUGAGUCCCCGUUGUUGCUGGCACGCACAGCCUCCCAGCUGGGAGGUUCUCAUGCUGGCAGGGACACAGCAAUUAACAGCUCCACCACACAACGCUUGCUGCAGCUGGAUGAGGAGCAGCUGGAUCCGCAGAAGGACUCUCGGCGUCCAAGGUCCCAGUACCACCGCAGCGAGCACAACCUGUGCCCGGUUCGCCAGGGAUGCCGGGACAGCCGCUUGGAGCCACUGGAGUGCCGGGACCUGCUGGUCCAGAACGCGCUGUUCACCGGGGACCUGGAGAUGGUGCAGAAGUACUUCACCAGAAGCGCAGCCAUCAACCUCAUCAUUGAGAUCAGAGGUGACGAGCUGCACUGGAUCAGCAGGAAACGUGGACUGUGGUCUCUGAGCUACGAGGAGGAGCUCACGGCGCCGCUGCACAUCACAGCCAGCCGGGGCUACACGGACUGCCUGCGGCUGCUGCUGCUCCGCGGCGCCGCCGUCAACUUCGCCCCGGGGGGCAAGACCGCCCUGCACGAGGCCUGCGCGGCGGCCCGGGCAGACUGCGUGCGCCUGCUGCUCGGCUUCGGCGCCGACCCCGAGGCUGUCUCUGAGGACGGCUACAGGCCCCUGCACCUCUGCAAGAGCCCGGACUCCGUCCAGUGUGCCCAGCAGCUGCUGCAGCACGGUGCCAGUGUCAACAGUCGGACAGAGGAGGAAGAGGACACAGCGCUGCACGUAGCAGCACGGCAUGGCCUGACAGACCACGUCCAGCUGCUGCUGCGCCACGGGGCAGAGCUGGAGGCGAAGAACGAGGAGGGGCAGACGCCGCUGAACGCAGCCUGUGCCCAGCCCCAUCAGCCCCAGGACACGGACCGCUACUACCGGGUCUGCCAGCUGCUGGUGGAGAGCGGGGCCAGCAUCAACGCUGCAGACAGGGACCGCCAGCACCCGCUUCACCUGGCCUGCAAGAACGCCAACGCUCGAGUGGCAGAGCUGCUGCUGGCCCGGGGUGCAAACGUCAACAUCAUGAACUACAGCGGCAACACGGCGCUGCACAAUAUCCUGCAAGCGGCUGCCUACAAGCUGGAGCAUCACCCGGAGCUCGUGGUGCGAACGCUUCUCAACUACGGUGCCGUCCGCAUCUGGCCUGGCUCUCUGCUCAAGGUGCUGCGGUACUGCCACGCGUGCCCGCGGGCCGUCGAGGCCCUGAUCAACAGCUACGCACACGUGCGCGUCUCCGAGGACUGGGCGGACGCGGUUCCUGCGGCGGUUGUGCAGAAAUACCCGCGUUUCUACCAGUCACUUUUCUCUCUGGGGCAAAGACCUCGCUCCCUGCAGCACCUGGCUCGCCACACGCUCAGGACCUUCCUGGAGGGCCGGUUGCUCCUGGUCCUGUCUCAGCUGCACCUGCCAAGCGCCUUGCACCGUUUUCUGCUGCUCAACUUCGAGGAUGUUCUCUACUAGGGAUGCAGUUCGGUCCUGCUGUGCCUUUCUGUGCAGAUGUUCCGUCCCUGCCUGCGCCUUCCUCACUAACCCUUCCCGUCACACAUCUCCUGCCAGGCCACGUCAGCCCCGUGCCCAGCCUCCCUGUGUCCCUGUCCAGCCAGCUGUGUGCUCUGCCUUGUGCACAUGUUUUGGAGCCUUCUCUUUACCCAUACUAGUCAGGACUAACGCCAGAGUCACUAGGAAAAGCAAGAUAUAUGGACUAGGGUAUUUUGUGGCACAUGGGGCAAAUACACUGCACCGAUCACAGAUUUAGUUGUACAAUAUCAAUCUCUGCAUCCCAAAUCUGCAAACUAAUCUGAACCAGACAGCUCUGGUGCCCUCGCAUCUGUUGGGAUCCUGCGUUUAGUCAGGUUGUUUACAGUUUGUACCCAAAGGUGUUCAGAGUAAGCCCUAGUCUUUGUCUGUACAAACCAGAACGCAGCUCCCGGCUCGCCUGGAGGACUGUCCCGGCAGAGCUCGUCCCCGUGACGUGCCACACGUUGUAGCAUAUGCGCUCUCAGAGCUGUGCACCCGUUUGCUUCUCAGAGGACACAGGGAAGUGUGGUGGGUGCACCCGUCCCACACAGGGCCAGCGUCCGGGGUGCCUGGAGCUGCAGCUUGGGGCAGGGCAGCAGAGCGUGCCAGCGCUGGACUUGGGUGUGGGGGGAGGAGGCAGCGUGUCCCCGGGGUCCCGGCGGCAGCGGGGGCGCUCAGAGGGACAGACCAUCCCCGGGCACCGCUCUUCAUGGGCUGGAUUUCACCUGUGCUCCCGCUGAAAUCAAAAGGGCGAUUUCAUUGUGAAUAAGGAUACCACUGAGUAACCAUUUCCAAGGAAUGUGGGGCUAGCAGGAAAAGGGGAGUGUCUUUUACAGGCUGGAGGGAAGCAAACCAAACCCAUCCACCAGAAAAGCUUUGGGGCACUCAAGCCCUUUUCCAGAGCAGAAACAGUCAGAAACUUUCAAACUAAGUACAGGCUGAGGACAAAUGCUCGGAGCUUAGCUCAGUUGUGCUAAUUGAUUAGUAACUGAUCUUUCUAAUUCUGUUAUUGUAAAUGUUUUUAAAGGUUUUAUGUUCCAGAGCACAUUUUGGCAAUAUAACAAGCUACGCUGCUCUUUCUCGGGUUUCCGAAGGGCAGUAUUUAAUGCAGCACUGCAUGCAUUGCUGGGACGGGAGUUACGCCGGGCACCGGCUGUUGUUCCUGCUUCAACAGCCCCCGGGGUUUUUGGCAGAGCGGUGAGCAGGAGGCACCCUCACCCUCUGUCGCAGUAACACGACUCCGCUGCCACGUGUCAGUGCAGCUGCCCGAGUGACACUCAGGGAUAGGAAACGUCCCACUUCUAGACAGACAUUUCCAUCCCCGGUGCAGCCACCAGCUCUCACUGAGCCUCCCUGUGCGGUCGAAGCGUUUGCUGUUCCCAGUCGCCCCUUCCUUGAACGGCACCAGCACCUCCUGCGGGCUGCCCGGCUCAAACAUCUGCCCCGCUUCUGCCGGCUCUCUCUCGUUCCUCAGUCAGAGCGCGAUGUGACACAGCGCGUGGACUAGGAAACCGCAGUGGAACUUAUCGAAGGGCACAAGAACAAAGCAAGAGUAGCAAAGCCCUUUCCUGUGAUGUCCAUCCCCACCCCGGAGCUCUGCAAGUCGCACUUGAGACAUUUUUGAGUCAAAAGGGCAUCUUUGUAUUUAGCAGUCAUAGAGAGAAUUUAUUUUUCUUCCAUCAAUAUGAUGUCACUUUUUGGCUCCACGUAUGUUUGAGCAUCCUGAUAACUUCACGGCAAGGAUAACUUAAUUGCGUGUUGUGUGGAUCACCUCCUUUUAUUUGCUUUAACACGGUCACCUUCUUGUUUCAUUUGAUGCUCUUUAACUCUUGUAUUCUAAGAAUAUGCAGGCAACUCCAGUCUGUUCCUCUUCAUCGUAUUAUUCAAAACUGUGUACAUCGUUUGUCUCCAUACUCAGGCUGGAGCUGUAUUCAACUGUGUCGUUCCCCGCGUGGGAUCUGUCACCCAGCCCUUAACCACGAGCACGAGCUUCCCCGUCUCUCCGGUGACCCCAGCGCAUCACUUUGGGAUGAGGGACUAGAACACGACAUUCCACGUGUGAUUGUGAUUCUGUGGGAGUUACUCUCAGCCAUGCGGACGUGGGAUCUGCGCCAAUGCCCCGGAACCCUCAGGCUCGUGUUCCCCUUGCCUGAGCGUGUACAGGGCCCGGGAGGGCGGCCCCGCCAGCGCUGCGCUUCCACCCAGCGGCUUUGCUGCUCAGAUGGCGCGUGUUGCAAUGUUUAAAUGUUUUUCAGACUCAUUACUGUCCAGAAUGCCACCCCUGUUUUAAAGUUAAGCCCACAUGCUCCUUUCCGAUAUGUUGCGCCUUAUACUGGGCUGUAACAAACCGGUUUUCUCACUGAAGUGGUGUUUCGAGCAAUCCAGAUCAGGUUGUCCUGUGCAAGUGCCAGCUGUUACUUUCACCCUCCCAGCAGUUAAUUGUUACCCACCUCAGCAAUUUUACCAGCAAGUGGUUUUUCUUUUCUCUCUGGUUGCUAACGUAUAGCAUUGAUAUGUGACUAUGAUACUAUGAUCUGUCAAAUGGCUAUAUAGAAUAAGUCUUUCAGUUACCCAGUUCUUUCCAAUCUGUUACCACUGAUCACACCGUAGAAUCCAGCUCAUUGUUCUUAUUAGAACACAGAACUAAGUCAACUGAGCUGGAGGCAUGCCAUGUCUAUCCAGUUAGCUCUCUCAAACUUGUCGCCUUACCAACAUUUACAUAAAAUUAGUUGAAAGUACCUUUUCCAAAUGACAUGAAUUUGAACGACAUGAAUGUGGGUUCCGGCUUUUACUAAUGUACCCUGGACAUCCUCUGGCUCUUGUGUGUGGUUGUGAGAUGUGUGUUGAUCUAACGGCUCUGCAGUGCCUUGUGAACACGUUUAAACAGUAGCAAGACAUCGGAGGAUUUUUCUCCCGGUUGAGUUCCCAGCAUGCCGUGAUUCAUUAGAAAUAAAACAAUCGAUGGUUCCGUGAA